AUGGCAGUCCUCUCCCAGCCAGCCGGGCUGGAACGAUCAAUCAAGGAUAUCAUAUCCCUCCUGACGAAGAAAUACGUUAAACAUCGCACCGGCAUAUCCCGCGCCGUCUACCUGACGCUUUUCCUGGCUCUCGCGAAACGAAUUCAUAACGCUAUCGCUGAGCAAAAGUCCGCCUCCGAGAUACAUGCUGGGAACAGGGCGGGCACUCGAAAGCUAGCCGGAGACGAUGCCACAGGUGCUACUGGUGAUGACGGUAACAAUAACGGCAAGGAGGGCGGAUCUUCCCGGAAAAAGGUUGGGCUGAAUAGGGAGUUUCUGCGGAAUCUACUACGCUUGCUGAAGAUUGUAAUACCGGGCUGGAAGAGCAAGGAGCUUCGGCUCCUGAUCAGCCAUUCGGUAUUCCUGGUUCUGAGGACACUGUUAAGUUUAUAUGUUGCGGAACUGGAUGGGAAACUUGUUAGCAGCUUGGUUAGGGGCAAAGGAAGGGAGUUUCUUCUGGCUUUGGCAUGGUGGAUGACGGUUGCAGUGCCGGCCACCUUCACGAAUUCAAUGCUUUUAUAUCAUCAAUGUCAGCUUGCUCUCCAGUACCGAAAACGUCUGACGGAUCAUAUCCAUAACCAGUACCUGUCGAACAUGAACUUCUACGCAUUAUCGGCACUAGAUGAUCGAAUCAAAAACCCUGAUCAGCUUAUAACCGUGGAUAUAUCGCGAUUCUCUAAUAGUUUAGCGGAACUAUACUCCAAUCUUGCCAAACCCAUUCUCGACAUGGCCAUUUACAAUUACUCUCUUUCCAAAAAUGUGGGUGGGGAGGGACUUUUUAUCAUGGCACUACUAGUCCAGCUAUCUGCCAAUGCGAUGAGAGUGCUCACACCUCCUUUUGGCAAAUAUGUGGCCGAAGAGGCAAAAUUGGAAGGAGAGUUCCGCUUCCAGCAUACAAGGUUAAUCGAUUAUAGUGAAGAAGUUGCUCUGUACCAUGGCCACGAGUCAGAGAGAGAUACCCUGGACAAGGGGUAUUUUACUCUGAUAAAGCACGUUAAUCGAAUCCUACGAAGGAGACUCUACCAUGGGUUCAUGGAAGACUUCGUUAUCAAAUACUUCUGGGGUGCUUUGGGCUUGAUACUAUGCAGUGUGCCCGUGUUUUUCAAGAUUCCUGCCCAGAUAACUUCAUCAAUGGGAGACAGGACCGAAAGUUUCGUAACCAACCGAAGAAUACUUCUCUCGUCCUCUGAUGCUUUUGGUAGAGUAAUGUUCUCAUACAAAGAAAUUUCCCAACUUGCAGGGCACACUUCUCGAGUGGCAUCUCUUCUUGAGGUAAUGGACGACAUAACCGCCGGCCGUUUCCAAAAGAAAUUGGUUUCGUCUGCAUCAACGGAUUCAAACGCCGCUGUACUUAGCAAGCGUGGUACCAUCAUCGAAAGUGAUUCAAUCGAGUUCACGGAUGUACCCAUCAUUUCACCUAACGGGGAUGUUUUGGUUGAAAAGUUAACAUUCACUGUCCACCCAGGAGAACAUCUUCUUAUCGUUGGACCAAACGGUUGUGGGAAAUCAUCUUUAUUCCGUAUCCUCGGCGGACUCUGGCCUGUUUAUGGCGGUACUGUGAAAAAGCCAUCCUUUGAAGAUAUCUUCUACAUCCCUCAACGGCCAUACCUGUCACGCGGCACGCUUCGACAACAGGUUACUUAUCCUGAUGACCUCAAGGAGAUGCAUGACAAGGGAGUAACAGAUUCAGACCUUUACGACAUUUUAUCCAUUGUUGAAAUUUCAUCCGUCGUUGACAGGCCUGGUGGCUGGGAUGCGGAGGAGGAGUGGCGAGAUGUGCUGUCCGGUGGUCUUCAACAACGAAUUGCCAUGGCUAGGCUAUUCUAUCAUAAGCCCAAAUACGCCAUCUUGGACGAAUGCACAUCAUCCGUGACGCUGGAGAUUGAGAAAGUCAUGAGGAGUUUGUGGAAAUACCAUAAAAAGAUUCUCCAGUUCGACGGUCAAGGUCACUGUAUCUUUACCAGUUUAGACUGGGAACGUCGAUUAAAACUUGAAGAUGAAAAAGAGGAUAUUGAUCUUCAGCUUCGGGCCGUUCCUGAGCUAGAACGACGCGUCAAGGAGCUUACCACCGCAUAG